AGACUGGAUAAAUAGGUGACGCUCAGACAGGAUAGGUGAGAAGUCACUUCAGAAUCAGUCAUGUUCUCAAUUAAAGCUGUCGUUCUAGCUGCCCUGCUCACCUUGUUGGUAGUCGAUGUUGACUCAUCUUCUGGUGGAGGUGGCGGUUCAUCUUAUAACUUUGAUCUGUCAAAUGCCUCUGACCUGAGGAAGCUGUAUAAUUCCAAAGUGUAUGAAGCUGACAGAAUGAAGAGAUCCCUGGAUGGCAUGCCCUUCCAGCUAGGACCACUGAGCCACUCUGGAGUCAGAGUAACACUAAAGGACGGCACCAAGUGGCUUGUGCACAAGGGGGGUGGAUUUGGCCAGAGUUCUCAGACAGUGGUGGUUGCUGCAAGACACAUGAGCUCUGACUGGAAUAUCAAAGAGACCAAAAACUUUGGAGGGUGCAAGACUGUCUCUGACUUUGUCAAGGCUGGUGGCAGUGACUACAGCCUCAUCUUUGACAACUGUCAUAUGGGAGCUGGUCGUAUGUGGAAACAAUGUGACUAAACUCCAGUAUGAGAUAAAAAAAUAGUUUCCAUGUUUUAUUGACAAAUAAAAGUUAAAUACAUUGA